GGAGACGGUUUACGAGGCGGUGAACUCGGACACCGACAAGAACGAGGCUCGAAAGAGAGCCAAGAACAAGCAGCUGGGACACGAGGAGGACUACGCCUUUGGGAAGGACUGCAUCAUGCACGGCUACAUGCUGAAGCUGGGGAACCCCUUCCUCACUCAGUGGCAGCGCAGAUACUUCUACCUGUUCCCCAACAGGGUGGAGUGGAGGGGGGAGGGGGAGUCACGGCAAAACCUUCUGACGAUGGAGCAGAUCGUGACGGUGGAGGAGACGCAGAUUAAAGACAAGAAGUGCAUCCUGCUGCGCAUCAAGGGCGGGAAGCAGUUCGUGCUGCAGUGUGAGAGCGACCCAGAGUUCGUGCAGUGGAAGAAGGAGCUGACGGAGGCGUUCACAGAAGCUCAGAAACUCCUCCGUCGCGCUCCAAAAGUCAUCGGGAAGGGUCGGGCCGGAGUGGUGGAGCUCUCCAAACCCCCCCUCACACACCGCAACAGCAACGGCCUGUGAACACACACAUACACACACACACACACAUUAAAACACGCACACAUCUACAGAAAUACACCUUAACACACACACACACACUGCAUCCUACACCUCCCCCUCUUUACUCAUCAUCAUACAUCUGAACACGCCUCGCAGUGUGUACGGACCACCUGCCUCACACACACACACACUUACUUACACACACACACACACAAUUACUUACACACACACACACACACACACGUCGAUCGACCAAUCAUCAUUUUUUCUUCUUCGUGGGACCUCGCCAGUUUGAGAGGAGGAAGCAGCAUUCAGAGGCCUCAGCAUGUGAAGGACCUUCUGCAUGAAUGUGUCUCUCUCCAUCUCCCCCUUUUCCUCCAUGCCUCCCCCCCUGAUGUACCUGAAAGGGGGGAGGCAUCCUCUCUUUUUUUGGGAUCAGCUGAGAGGGAACACCCCCCCCCCCCCUCCCUCUCUCUCCUCCCUCCUCUCUUUUCGGGAGGCAGAAAGCUUCUCCUCCUCCCUCGCUCCGUUACUGAAGUGCAUAAAGUGCCAACAUCAACAUUUACUUGAGUCACCUGAUGAUGGAGGAUCCCCCCCCCCCCCCCCUUAACUCCUCCCUGCAGAGAGGCGGAGCUUCAUCCCAGGAAACAGGAAGUACUUUUUAAAAAAAAGUUGGCUGUUUUUUUGUUUUUUUUGUACAGCCAGUUCCCAUAGAGACUGCGAUCCCAUUGGCUGACAGAUGGGUUGCUAUGGGAAACUGGGAAGGAAAAAACUGUUGACACUCGCAGCAGCAGAACAGUGUACAUAACUGUGUGUGUUUCAGUGUUUACUCUUCUAUGUCAGAUUAUUCUCAUCAUCUAUUCAUCUGCAAAACCCCAUUAUACAGUCGCUCUUAAAGGGACAGUACACCUUUAAUACAUUCUCCUCUUAGAGCUUCUAGUAAAACUACAGGGUUUUAAUGAGUUGAUAAAUGCUUUCUCACUAAUUAAUGGAAUUGCACGCCAAAAACAACUAAAUGUAUUUUUCUGGAAGCUAUAAUUGAAUUUCUGAAGAUAGUCGUUUUACGCAGGAACUACUUUCUUUCCACCGUAUCACUACGCACAGAGAAGCAUGCAUCUCAACACAAGCAAGCGAUCUAGUAUAUCUUCCACAAUCUGCAUCAAAAAUCCAAAUGAAUUGAUAGCACUAGAGUUGAAAAGAGACAUUUGAAUGGUUGAUUUUAAGGUGUACUGGCCCUUUAAGAGUUCUUGUCUAUAAGAAAGUUGCACCUGGUCGUGUUUGCAGCGUUUUCUGAAUGACAAAUGACUUUUAAAGAUUAAUGGAUGAUGGAAAUUAAUUUGGAAAAGUGUCCUGUCAAUCAUCCUCCAGGUUUAACGAGGAAGAGGAGAAGCUAAUUAAAGGAAAAAUCCACCCUAAAAUGAAUGAACAGAAAGGCAUUUUAUACUCCGCAGACUCUCCGAGGCGUUCAGGAGAUUUUUUUAUAAUGAAGGUUUUUUUUUUUUUUUUUUGCACUCAUUACCGCACACUGCCUCAUCUGCAUGUAGUUCUUUAAGGCCUACAUUUCCCAGAAUGCCUCACCUCCAUUCCAUUUAAGAAACAGGAAACUCCUUCAUCGAGUCAGGCUGCGACUAAUGUUUACUUACACACGCGUUUUCUCGAUGAUAUGAUGAAAAAUGCUCGUUAUAAUUCAGACAAAUGUAAAAAAAAAAAACACAAUCUUUCAGUUUAAAAGCAUUUUUCACAAUAAAAGCAUCAAAUCUUCACAUUUUAGACGCUGAAUCUGCAACUAAAGACUAUUAUAAUUACAUUUCACACAAUGUUUUCUUUAAUAUACGGAAAAAUGCACGUUAUAAUUCCUCACAGCCGGAGUUUUAUUCCACCAAAAUUCAGUUUACAAAAGUUUUUCAUAAUAAAAGCAUCAACUGAGAGGCUGCAACUAACAAUAAUCAUAAUAACUGAUACAUUUCCCACAUUUGUUUUGUGUAAUAUAGUGACAAACAUUAUAACUCCACAAAGCCUGACAUUUAUUUCCAACAAUUGUCAAAAAUAACACAACAAUUAUUCAGUUUACGGCCGCUUUUCACAAUAAAAGCUUCAAACCCUCACAUUUUAGACGCUGAAUCUGCAACUAAAGACUAUUAUAAUUACAUUUCACACAAUGUUUUAUUUAAUAUACGGAAAAAUACACGUUAUAAUUCCUCACAGCCGAAGUUUUAUUCCUCCAAAUCUCCAAAAAACACCAAAUUAUUCAGUUUACAACCGUUUUUCACAAUAAAAGCAUCAACUGAGAGGCUGCAACUAACAACAAUCAUAAUAACUGAUAAGAUUUCCCACAUUUGUUUUGUGUAAUAUAGUGACAAACGUUAUAACUCCUCACAGCCUGACAUUUAUUUCCAACAAUUGUCAAAAAUAACACAACAAUUAUUCAGUUUACGGCCGCUUUUCACAAUAAAAGCAUCAAACCCUCACAUUUUAGACGCUGAAACCAGUGCACGAAGCAAAUACAAAUAUAUCGAGUUAGGAAACACAUCAAAACAAACCCGUUAUCUUCCAUCAAAGAGUUUCAGGGUGGAGUUUUCCUCGACGUUUUUUUAAAAGGAUUGAAUUAUUUCUGUUCCUAAAUGUGACGCAGUUCAGAGGAGCGUUUCAAAUCGGGGCUUUUUUACGAUUUCUCGUCAUAGUUUAACGGAAAGACGCCGCACCAUCGUAGAGGAGGAGGGGGAGGAAGACGAGGAAGAGGAGGAAACUUUAAUUUCAGGUUUUUCAUUUGAUCUCCAUGCAGUGCAGUUUGUGUCGUCAUGCAGUUCCAGAGCUGUGAUCGUGACUUUAGGAAAAGGGUUUUGAUUCGAGUGCGUUGUGAUUUAUUUUAGCCUUCACGCAGUCGGGUGGGGGGGGGGGGGGGGG